GGUCCCGCCGCCGCCGCCGCCGCCGCCGCCGCCGUAGCCCGAGCGCUCCGCGGACAUGAAGACCCCUGGCGAGGUGCUGCGCGAGGGCGAGCUGGAGAAGCGCAGCGACAGCCUGUUCCAGCUGUGGAAGAAGAAGCGCGGCGUGCUCACCCCGGACCGCCUGCGCCUGUUCCCCGCCGGGCCCGGCGCGCGCCCCAAGGAGCUGCGCUUCCACUCCAUCCUCAAGGUGGACUGCGUGGAGCACACGGGCAAGUACGUGUACUUCACCAUCGUCACCACCGACCGCAAGGAGAUUGACUUCCGCUGCGCGGGCGAGAGCUGCUGGAACGCGGCCAUCACGCUGGCGCUCAUCGACUUCCAGAACCGCCGCGCGCUGGAGGACUUCCGCAGCCGCCAGGAGCGCGCCGCGCCCACGGCGCAGCCAGAGGCCCGGGCGGCCCGCGCGCCCUGAGCCCUCGCCGCGAGCCACACAAGGGACCAGUUGGGCCGGACCGGCCGCAUGGGCCUCGCGUCGGGCAGGAGCCCGGGGGGUGCCUGGGACGGCGGGAGCCCGGGCGGGCGCUGACCUCACGAGGACAAGGCGGCCGCUUCCCUUCCCCACGAGGAGGACCGUCCGCGCGUGCGGACCCUCGCCCCGCUGUGCGGGCGCGUUAACUUAUUGGACUGUGUAUUUAUUUUGAUGGUUGGUUGUUGUCAAACCAUUUUUGUCUUAAUAUUUUUUUUUCCGUCGUUGUGCCCAUUCCAAAUAAAUGACUUGAUACGUUCUC